CUUCGGUUUCUCUCUCGAACCGACGAAGAACACUGAAACAUCCACUGUUUCCGAUUAUUUUGGUAUGUUCCCCCUCUUCGGUUUCUCUCUCGUAAACGAGGAAGAACAUUCUAACUUCCACUAUUUCCUAUAAUGGUUAUUUUCCAUUCCGUACAUUUCGCUGCGUCAGUUCCGGUGAGACACUCUCCCACUACAUUCUACUCUUCAGUUUCUCUCUCGGAACCGACGAAGAACACUGAAACUUCCACUAUUUCCGAUUAUUUUAGUACGUUCUCCCUCUUCGGUUUCUCUCUCGGAAAUGAAGAAGCACACUCUAACUUCCACUAUUUCCUAUUAUUUUGAUAGCAAAUGGAACCAAGCAAGAACACACUAACUUCCACUAUUUCCUUUUCUCCUAACCUCUCUUACAUUUCUCCCUGUUCAGUUUCUCCCUCAAACCCUCAGUCCUUCGUACCCUAUCCUUCGCGAAGACGUUAUCUCCGACGAAUUGGCCCAUUUGAGGAUGAACUCUCCCACGAACUCUCCCAACAUUUCUUUCACGAACGGGGAGUGCAGUUAUCUCGACAUCUAUAUAAAUGGGAUUUGUCCAUGCCUUGGAGUACACAACUCCCAUUUCUGAAGCAAGGGAUUUUCGAGAGCAAGAGUGUUGGUGGUCGUAUCAGUUUUGUUAUCAGCAGCAUUUAUGGCAAUUUCAGUUGGACGAAGAUAAGCUGAAUUACCCAACCGAUUUUGAAGAUAUAUUGACAAGGUUAGUACCAUCUUCUUCCAAG